CUGUGUGUCUAUGAAGAGUGACCGGUCCAUGGAUCCUCCACGUAACUUCAAACAGGGAGAGGCUUUUACAGAGCUGAGCCCAGAGAACCAGGACAGAUCAGAUUCUCCUGAACCCAGAUGUGUGUCUGUGAAGAGCGAUCAGUCUAUGGAUCCUCCACGUAACUUUAAACAGGCAGACUGCUCUACAGAGCUGAGCCCAGAGAACCAGGACAGAUCAGAUUCUCCUGAACCCAGCUGUGUGUCUGUGAAGAGUGAUCAGUCUAUGGAUCCUCCACGUAACUUUAAACAGGCAGACUGCUCUACAGAGCUGAGAGACAGGAAGAGACCAGUCUCACCUGUUCCCAGCUGUGUGUCUAUGAAGAGUGACCGGUCUAUGGAUCCUCCACGUAACUUCAAACAGGGAAACUGUUCUGCAGAUUUAAGCCCAGAGAACCAGGACAGAUCAGAUUCUCCUGAACCCAGCUGUGUGUCUGUGAAGAGUGAUCAGUCUAUGGAUCCUCCACGUAACUUUAAACAGGCAGACUGUUCUACAGAGCUGAGGUAA